AGUCCAGGCAGACAUUUUUCAAUGCAAGAUUUUUUCUUGCAUAAAUUAUGUUCAUGACGUAGUGCAAAAGGCCAAUUUUGUGGCAAUUUUAUCCGACUUUACAGCUCAAAUAGGAUUCUGUGAGACACCUCAAGGAUUUUUGAUUAUCUGAACUGUUGCAGAAAGGGCAUCGUCAUUAAAUAUUAAGAGAGAGGAGAUCCUAACAUUGCAACCCUCCUUAUCAAUGCAAAUACCUCUUUUGUGUGCAGUCACAGCGCCUGUCUGGGAGCUGAGAUGAAUUUUUAAUUAUGUGUGACUGAAACAAACUGUGACAAGGACCUUUUUAAGAGCGGGGGAUUACAGAAAAUAAGCUGCAUAUACGCGUUUCUGUUUACCCAGAAUGCCAGGAAGACAGGGGCUGCCAUGAACUCCCAGGAUCUGCCUGCCAAAGAUGCCCCACUUACUGUCAACGAGCAGGUCAUUGUGAUGUCUGGCCAUGAGACUAUUCGCGUGCUAGAAGUAGAAGUCGAUGCAUCUUUGCCAUCAUCAGCAGCUGAUGGGAAGAGUGAAUGCAAAGCUGAUGAGGGAGUGGCUGAAGCUAAUGAGCAACCUGAUGCCAGCAGCAGCCAGGACAGUCCCACAGUGCCCCAGAGCACAGGGGGUGGUGUAGUGCUGGGUGAGCAGCAGGUGGUGUCUGUGGAGCCUCCAGCUCCUGCUAUCCAAACGCUGACCCCUGCUGUCCCCAUCAGUGUGUCUCUGCCCCAGCACCAGGCCGCCAUGCCCAUCACUGUGCAAGGCUGUCCACAGGUGCUGACCCAGGAAGGUCUGGCGACUCUAAUGACGGGUAUGAUGGCCCAGACCGGGUCACUGGGUCAACCGCUACUCAUCCCUCUCAGUAUGCCGGGCUCCAUCGGUGGCCAGGGAGGUUUGGCUGUUCUCACCCUUCCUACCACCAAUGUAACGACUCUCCCUGGUCUCGCAGCGGCUAACCCAGCUGGAAAUCUCCUCAAACUGCCCUUUGCCGGCUUUCAAGCUGCAACAGUCCUCAACUCGGUCCAGCCUCAGCUGCAAGCCAAUGCACAGGCAGUGUUCCAGUCUCAGUCAGCUCCCAUUCAGCAAGUGCAAGCGGCCAUGCAGCAGGUGACACCUCAGGCAUCGCAGGUAGCCAAUGCACAGAUUACUGUUGCUCAGGUGGCAACAGCCCAGGCGACCCCCGCCACUACCACCGUUUCUCCGUCCAACAUAUCUGUGGCAGCACUUCAGACUGCAGGACUCUCCAUCAACCCCGCUAUUAUCAAUGCCGCUUCCUUGGGAGCGCAGCCGCAGUUCCUCAGUUCCCUUACGUCCACUCCCAUCAUCAACAGUGCCAUGUCCAGCAUGGCUGGAAUCACCAGUCAGAUCAUCACAAAUGCCCAGGGACAGGUCAUAGGGACCCUCCCAUUGUUGGUGAACCCAGCCUCUCUGGCUGGAGGUGCUGCAACUCCCACGCUCCCGCUGCAGGGGCUGCAGGGGCUCCAGGGGCUCCAGGGGCUGCAGGGGCUCCAGGGGCUCCAGGGGCUCCAGGGGCUGCAGGGGCUCCAGGUCCAGACUGUGGCACCACAGCUGCUUCUUAACACACAGGGACAAAUCAUUGCCACUGUAGGGAAUGGCCCUGCUGCAGUUGCAACUUCUGCAGCCGUUCUGCCUAAAGCUGCUGCUCCUCCAACACUUACCAAACCUAGCACACAGACUUCAGCAACAACUGUCACUCAGUCACCAGUUGUCAUUGCCCCACAGCCAGCUGUACUGAAGACUGCCACCACGCUCUCCUCCGCAGUUCCCAUCACCUGUGGAGACACAGCAAAAGUGGGCCAGCUUGUCAGCAAACCUCAGCAGGCAGUCAGCACAGAGGAGGGCAUUAAUCUGGAGGAAAUUCGAGAGUUUGCCAAGAAUUUCAAGAUCCGUCGGCUGUCCUUGGGGCUUACUCAGACGCAAGUAGGGCAGGCUCUCACUGCAACUGAGGGUCCAGCCUACAGCCAGUCUGCCAUUUGCAGGUUUGAAAAGCUGGACAUCACCCCUAAGAGUGCUCAGAAGUUGAAACCGGUGUUGGAAAAAUGGCUGGCCGAAGCCGAGCACUGGAACCAGAAAGGCCAGCAGAAUCUGAUGGAGUUCGUUGGUGGUGAACCUUCCAAAAAACGAAAGAGGCGUACGAGUUUCACACCACAGGCAAUAGAAGUCCUCAACUCCUACUUUGAGAAGAAUGCUCUGCCAACAGGCCAGGAGAUUACAGAGAUUGCAAGAGAGCUAAACUAUGACCGAGAGGUUGUGCGAGUAUGGUUCUGCAACCGGCGACAGACAUUGAAAAACACAAGCAAGAUCAACGUCUUCCAGGUUCAGUAGUGAUUUCAUUAUGGGAGAUUUUUCUCACUGAUCUUUCAUCCUUUUGGGAAUUUGAACAUGUAAUUCAGCAGCACAGAAGUGGAUUGUGUCAUAAAUACGACUUCAUGAAGGUUGAAAGAAUUUGAACUUUUUUGAGAAAAUGAAGGAAAUCACGCAGAUCUUAUGAAAGAGUGCUAAAAUUGUAAUAUAAUUGUGUUCUACUUGUUUACACUACUUUUGUGUGGUGCAUACUAAGUGAAACUGCAUGGUCCUCUUACCAUAUACAGUGAUAUUAACAUGAUAUAUUUAAAACGGUUCGUGAACUUUUAUACGUGGUUUUAUAGGCUAUCCCUCUGACUUACGUUAAGUGGUUAUGCAUUAAGUCACAUUGAGUUUAGUUACAUGUAUGUCACUCUGUGACAUUGGCUUGAUAUUUGAAUACGAAUAUGCUUUGACCAGAAUGGAUAAUGUGAAAUUUCCAGCUGCUCAUUUCACUUAUAUUCAGAAACUAUUUGUCCUGCAAGGGCAGCUCUGCAAAUCUUAAUAUCAUUUUUGACUGACUGACACAGGACUUUGCAGAUUGUAGCUCUGCAGUUUAGUGGUUUACACAUUUGCCUAACAAGAGAAAGCUCCUCAGUCUAAUCCCAGAAGAACACACAUAUUCCCUUGGAGUUGCAUCUGGAAGGGAAUCUGACAAAAACUGCCAAAUCAAACAUGUGGAGCUGCCUGCUGUGGUGACCCCUUGUGAAUAAAGGAGCAGCUGAAAGUAGCUGCUUCUUCUUCUUCUUCUACAGGACUCUGUAGACCGUAAUAACCUUAAUUUCAUCAGGAUUAUUAAGUUUAAAAAGCCCUAAAAAUCACUGACUCCUGAUCGUGUUUUGGGACAAUCAUCGCGUUGAUAUGUUUAGUUAAAAGGGGAACUGAAAAUCUGUGCUCAUUUCCUCUUCAUUGGCUUUGAUACCUUUUUUAGCAGCUGUGUGAAAUGUGUCACACUGCUGGUUGCCCAUGGAAUCACUUUAAUGGGUAUCAAGUUUUCAGACUAACAUUGUUGUUUGGCCUGCCAUCUGUGGUGCCACAAGUGUAAACUUAUUUUUUUCAUGAUGCUUGGUUUGUUUGUGACUGACUGACUGUGCAAAUGCUCAUAAUUUCUGUAUGUGAAUUCACCAUCGUCUGUAUUGUUUUUACACUUUUUUUUUAACUUUUUUUUUCAUUUGCUUUUAGGUGCUCAUAAUACUCUGUUUUGCUGUCUCUUUACUCAUUGCUUUGAUUGUUACCUUAAUAGCCUGGCAAUGCUUCAGCUGCAUUUUUCAUCUCAAGUUUAAGUAUGUUUGUAAAAUGGGAACUUAAUUGGUCUAUUAUGAAGUCAAUUUAAAUUGGUGUCAUGCCGCUUGAAACAUUAGCACCAUUUUUAGACACUCCUAAUAAACCUAAUAUCAAUCAAAUUGAUUAACUAAAUUAAAAAAAAAAAAGAGUGUAAUUAACUGCUCAAUGAAGGAAAGCCGGUUUGCGGUUUGGUGUGUUAUGAUUUUCAGCCUGAAUGCUUAGAGGACACUUUGCACAUGCAGUAUAAAGCUACUUUCUGGGGGGCUGACAGUUUUCCUCGUCGUUUCAAGGAUUCUUGGCACUUUAGUGACACUGAAAGGGUUACGAAUGGUUAAUUUACAGUCAAGGUGUCAGUUGUGAUUUUGAAAGAAUUACAUCUUUGCUUUUUAAUGUUCUUGAACUGUAGGAAGCUUUGCAAAAAUGUAGCAGUACUGGCAACAGCGACAAGGAACAUCUAUUAUUAAGAUUCACUUCCUUCUUAUGCAGAUGAAAUGUCAAAUACUGCAAAGUAUAAAAGCUAUUAUGAGUUUGUGAAAUGAAUGAUACAGUUUAUGUUCCAACUAAUAUUUGCCUUUGAAUGAUAGUACAAAGGCCUAUAUUGCAGUGGACGUGUACCUAACCAUAAAAUAAUAUUUUUACUUGUGUUUACCUUCAUGUUCAAAAAGGGAAGGGAAUAUAUUGUUUAAUAUAAUAAGUUAUCCAAUAGAAAAAAAAGAAGAUAUAAAUUAGAUUAAUAAGAUGUAAGGUAUAUUCAUUUGACCCAGCAAAGCACAUGAAACUUCAUGUUAAAGGGAAGCAAAAUUGAAUGCUGUUUUUUUUUUUUUGUCAUUUUCUGUCAAAUUA